UGCCCGGCCGGGCGCGCCUGGCGGCCGCCUCGGGACGUCGCUUCGGUUACGCCUGCUCUUUCUUUAGCCGUUUCUCGUUUUAGGAUGUGAGAAGGGUAGGGAUUCUUCAACCAGACCCAAGGGAAAAACCAGUGUUGGACGACCGAUGCCAGCAGGUGCACCCGCCGAGAAGAGCUACUUGACUGAGCCAAGAACCAGAGCGGCGCCUUGGCGCAGGCGCGUCCCUCCCCUUCUGCUGUCGGAUUCGAGGGCUGGGAAGACAGGCGAGAGGUGACAGCGCAUGCGCCGGCCGCUGCAGCGGAGUGCGCGUGCGCACCUCGCGGCGGCCGGCCGGUUGCCUGGUUACGGCUGUUAGCCGCUCCGGGUUCUUUCUGCUGGGGAAGUUGGUUCGUUCUGGUGGGGAAGUUCGUUCUAGCUCUCGGGAAGCAAUGCCCGUCUGCUCUCCACAAAGCCCUGGAAGGUGCAGACGCCGUCAGCCCCAGUCCACAGGCGGCCGUCGAAGCCCCACUGCCCGGCUGUGCGCGCCUCCGGGGUCGCACCCCAGCACGCCACCGCCUCUCCCUGGCCCCUCCUCCCCGGCUUGGCCGUCACCUUCGCCGGCCCCUCUGCGCCGCCCCCAAUGCACGCAAUCUGUCGGGUCCUUUUCCCUCGGCUGGGCGAGCAGGUCCAGCCCCUCUUUUGUCUGUCCUAAUACCCCUCGAGGUCCAGGACUCUUACUCCCAGAGAGCAGCGACUCCCCCUAUGUCCAGUAGUGUCCCGUAAGCCGCGGAGCCCCGUGAAAGGAGGCCCCAACCGUUGCUGAAUGAGCGCAACUCCGAGGGUACCAAGCGACAGGCUAGGCUACUGGGCCUCAGCAUCCUGCACCUCCGGUGGCUGCUGCCUCGUCCUGGCGCGCCCACCCGGCAGGCACCAUGUGAGCCCUCCCAGGGAGGAUCUUAGCGAAGAAAGGGUGCUGCCAUUUGUAUCUUCAUGUUUCCGAUGAGAAAAGGGAGGUCCGGCCUACUCACCUGCACACCUUCCUGGCAAGGACGACGAAGAGCAGCAGCCCGCCCCCCUUGCCCCAGCUCCUUCCAGAGGUCAGGAAGGGUGGCAAGUGUACCCGUCUUGCAUCACCUGGCAGCCCAGCUUGCAGUGACGGCUGCUGCUACUGCUGCAGUGGCUGAGGUGCACAGCCCGGGGUGGCAGGGAACCUGGGUCACCGGUGGGAACGCGAGGCCCGGGAAGAAGGAAGGAGUGUGGUGCAGCUAUUUGUCUGGUGUGACACUGUGUGGGGAACGUUUCAGCCCAUCUGACGUGCCACUCUGCUAAGCUAACAUUUGCCUUGCAGAGAUUGAGUUCCCAAGUGGGAACACGUGGAACUCCACUGCCCUGGUCCCCUUCUUCCUUCUUCCUGGUGGUCACUCUGCUCUGCAGUUGCUUUCUCCCAACAAGGCGCUCCACAGAGAGAUGUCAUUGUUAGCCCUCCUCCUGAAAGAGGGGAAAGUGGGGGCAAAGCACUGACUCCCCUCGGCUCAGGGCUGCCUGCCUCCUCUUUGCUCUCAAUUUGAGUUCAAAGAGCCCAAGAGUUGGAGCCCAGACUUGCCCCUCUGGGGUUCUGAGGAGCCCAGUGGUUGGCCCUGGUGAGCUCUAACCUGGAGAGACCAUAAGCUGCAGAAAUUAACCCACCCUGGACAAAUGGAAGACCUCUGGGCCCUCGGGCGGAGCUGUUAAAGAGGCAGCCUUGUGUUGACUCCUGCAGGGUGACUUUAAGGAAAGCUUUGAUUAGCUAGUUGACCUGCAAGGACUUUGGGCUUUCCUCCUCUCCCCUCCUCCCUCCUGCUAAGCCUCUGUCUAAGGGAGGUUUUCGCAGGUUCUCAGCCGUUUGCAGCCUGGUGUGGAAGAGGGUUCCUGGGCCCACGGCUGAGCCAUCAGGCCUCUGGGCCGUGGAGGCGAGGGUGCGGAGCACAGACCUUUUUUUUGCUUUAAGGCCCAGCCUGCUUCCUACAUGCUGUGCGCCCUCUGUCAUCUUCCUUAACCUCCCUGAUGGUCCUCCUCAACCUGGGGUUCAAGCAGGAUGAGAACGUGGACAAUCGGAGGGCUGAAACGGGAUGCUGUUGGUAUAUAUAUGCUGGAACUGUUUCGGGCAAACGGAUGUAGGAGGACUGGCUGCAGAGCACUCGGGGGCCUAUACCUAGGAGGUAUGUUGCCGUGACAGCCAUCGUUAUUCUCCAUCAGGCUUCCUUCCCUUUCCUGCAAUGUCCAUUCCUCUCUCCUUUCUCCUGAUAGAAAUGUCACCACUUCCCUGAAGCCCCUCCACCCCCGCCCCAGGUGGGCUAGAAUCAACCGCUCUUUUCUGGGGGCAAAGUUGUAGCUCCUCAUGCAGAGACCCAUGGUGGAUUUAUUGUUACCCGGAGCACACAGGUCACAGGGCUGCACGCUUGCCCGGACAAUGGGCAGAGGCUGUGCCAGAGAACCCGGCUGUCCUUCCCAUGUUUACGCCAGUCGGCCUCUCCCAUUGGUCUGUGCUGUCCAAGGAGACGGCCACUGAGCACCUGC